GCUUGCAAAUCCCGAGCCACGUGAUUCUUCUGAUUCAUAAAAUAAUAAUCAAUUCGCUUUCAUUCCUUCCUAUUCACUCUCGAUUUCGCUUCAAACUUGCAGCAAUCAUUCAAAUUUAUAUUCAAAAAUUCACUAUAAACACGAUCACACAAACAUUGGUGAAGAGAUUUAGGCAGAAAACGAAGAAGAAUUGUUUAUCUAUCAAUGGCGGCUUUUGUUUCGCCUCAAUCGUUUGAGGCUUUUAAGCAAGCUGCUGGAAUAGCUGGGAACAUAUUUGCUUUUGGGCUCUUUGUGUCACCAAUACCAACUUUUCGAAGAAUCAUCAGAAACCAAUCAACAGAACAGUUCUCAGGAAUCCCAUACGUUUACGCCCUCUUGAACUGCUUGAUCUGCGCAUGGUAUGGCUGCCCGCUCAUAUCAUAUGAUAAUUUGUUGGUCACAACAGUCAACUCUGUUGGUGCGGUUUUCCAGUUAACAUACAUAGUUAUCUAUAUAACACAUGCUGACAAAAACAAAAAGUUCAAGAUGUCUGGAUUACUGCUGGCAGUUUUUGGUCUGUUUGCAGCCAUCGCGAUUGGGAGUUUGCUUGUUACUGAUCUUGAACUUAGACAUCUAAUCAUCGGGUUUUUAAGUUGUGCUACCCUCAUAUCAAUGUUUGCUUCCCCGUUGUCAGUAAUGAAUCUAGUGAUUCAGACCAGGAGCGUUGAAUUCAUGCCGUUUUACCUCUCACUCUCCACUUUCUUGAUGAGCACCUCAUUUUUGUUAUAUGGCGUGUUCAACUUCGAUCCUUUCAUCUAUGUUCCAAAUGGUAUAGGGACCAUUCUGGGAAUUGCGCAAUUGGCUUUGUACUUCUACUACAACAAUCAAUCAAAACAAGAAACCCGAGAACCCUUAAUAGAGUCAAUUGCAUGAACAUGGAACACCUGUAAGUUCAUAUCUUCCCUGUGUAAUCAAACACGCAUCGAUUAUUUGCAUUUUUGAACUUGAGUGGUUCUUGAGUUUGAUCUUUGAUCAUCGUCAAAGAACGGGUGGGGUGCUGAGUCUUUGGAUUUGUGUCAACGUGUGAAUUUGUUUGUAAAGCUGAAGUCCCACGUCGUCUAUGUAAUAUAUCUGUUUCCAUUUUGUUGUUGAGAGGUUUGCCCUGUGUGUCAAAUUUCUUGCUGUUCAAUAAAUUUGACUCAUUCAAGUCUAGUGAACUUAUAAGUUUCUCCUCUUCA